AUGGCUCUACGGGCUGCAUCUCUGUUCGCUCUUUGUGGCGUUUCCUUAGCCUCAACACCAGCGCCAUCAGUUAAUUCCGUCAGAACUCUAUUCGAGUUCCCCAAACAAUCCUACGUCGAGAACCUCGCAGUUCGACGCAAUGGCCAAAUUCUCAUCUCGGAUCUCAGCACAUCACAACUUUUCCUCUUUGAUCCUUCAGCGCCUGGGCCAAGCCAGCCCGUUGUUGUUCAUGACUUCACUGAGUCCCUUGGCCUCGCAGGCAUUGCAGAGUAUCAGCCAGAUGUAUUUGCCGUGAUUUCGGGUAAUUCUUCUUUUACCAGCAACAUUACUAGUGCUGGAACAUGGAAUGUUUGGAGUGUGGACUUGCGUGGCGUUGGGAUUUCCUCGUCACAUGGCAAGCCAGGGCUCACAUCGCCUCCUGUGGUGAAGAACAUUGCGCAUGUUGAGCCAGCUCAAUUUCUCAACGGCAUCUCAGUACUCUCUCAAAAGGACCAAACCCUUCUCGUUGGCGAUGUGAACGGAGGUGUUAUCUGGAGCUUGGACAUCAAGACGGGACACUACGAGGUUGCUAUUAACAAUACAUUCACGCACCUCUACGCAUCACCGCCCUUUUCAGCAUCAGGAGUAGAUGGAGUUCAUGUUCGUGGCAACUCAGUUUACUUUACAAACUUUGGAAACGGCACUUUUAAUAAAAUGCCUAUCCACUCGGACGGAACCUCUGCAGGGCCGGUUACAACAAUUGCGCAUAUUAAGGGGCCACUGGACCAGUACGACGACUUUACGUUUGACUGUGAUGGUAAUGCUUUUGUGGUGACUGGAGGUGGAAAUACUAUCGAGUUGAUUUCAGCCGAUGGAAAGCGCCAAGUUUAUUUUGCUGGCAACCUCAACUCUACUGCAAUUGCCGAGCCAACCUCUUGUGCAUUUGGUCGUGGCCCGCACGACAGGAAUGUCCUCUACGUUGUAACGGCUGGUGGAAUGGAAACGCCAGUAAAUGGAGACAUUGUAAUUGGUGGACAGCUCGUUGCGAUUAACACUACCUCGAGGGGAUCUGCGUGCUAA